AUGGUUAGCUUAGUUGAGGACAGGUAUAGAGUUGUUAGUUUGACUUUGCUAAUCAAAGAGAUCAAUGAGAUCAAUGUCAACAAGGUUCUUGAGCAUGGUGAUGCAACUAGAAAUGAAACUGCAGAUAAUCUGAAUGUAUUUAAUCGUCAACUAGAUAAUUUGAUGAAUGAUCUCAUGGCUGAUGCUUCAUCGGAUUCGUCCAAGUUUGAUGUUGGAUCAUUUAACUAUAAUGAUUUCAGUAAAAUAUAUGGUAUGGUUCAAUGUACUAAAGAUCUGUCCAGAGACUCUUGUACAUCUUGUUUACAAGAUAUGAUUAGUAGAAUUCCAAGUUUAUAUAAUGGAUCAAGAAGUGGACAUAUAAUAACUCAAAGUUGUUUUAUAAGAUAUGAAGAUAACAUGUUCUACGAAUUACAAACACCGCCACCGCCGCCACCGGACACAGUUCCAGGUUCUAUGUCGCCGCUGCCGUCUGAUUCUGGAAAAGAACCGCUGCCAGGGCCAGAACCAGAACCAUCUGUAAAUAUGGUUGCUGUAGCUGUUCCUGUGGUAGUUGGAGUUUCGUUGAUAUUAUUAGCGGCGUGUUUUUACUGCUCAAAGAGAAAGAAAAGUGUGACUAGUAAAUCUGACAUUCAAGGAGGUACCAGGGAUUCAAUGGUAAAUCAAGAUUCUUUGCAAUUUGACUUGGUUACAAUUAGAGAUGCUACAAAUGAGUUUUCUGAUGCUAACAAGCUUGGCGAGGGUGGCUUCGGUGCAGUCUACAAGAUACCAUGGUGUGCGCUUGAUGAGAUUAAUGCUGGAGUUUAUAAUGGACGUAUGCGUGAUUCUAACUUGAUUGGUAGAUGUAAUAGCAGCCUAAUGAUGGAUUUGUUACUUUGGUCUUACUAUAAUGCAGUCCUUGAGCCAAAUCUAAAUGACCCUGUGUCUGCCUAUAUGCAAGUAAUGGAAAUGGUGACACGUUUUGUCGGUGAUGUUGUCUCUCCGAUGCCAGAAGAAAAGUUCUUUUGGAUUGGGAAACACGCUACAAAAUUCAUAGGAGGGAUUGACAGGGGACUUUUAUACCUUCACGAAGAUUCUCGUCUUACAAUUAUUCACAGGGAUCUGAAAACAGGUAACAUUUUGUUAACUGAGGAGAUGGAAGCGAAAAUUGCAGAUUUUGCGCUGGCUAAGCUUUUCGAAAUAGAUCAAACACAGGGUAACACAAGUAGAAUUGCUGGAACACUAAGUAUAGUACUACUCAAUACUCAUAUGGGUUAUGUUAAACUUGUGGCUGUUUGUAAACAACGUGACGGCACGAUGUACAGAGGUUACAUGGCCCCAGAGUAUGCAUUGCAUGGACUAUUUUCUGUGAAGUCAGAUGUUUAUAGUUUCGGGGUUUUUCUCUUGGAAAUUUUAAGUGGACGAAAAAUUACCAGUUUUUAUCGGUCAUCUUCAACUCCAGAUCUUUUAAGCUAUGCAUGGAAAAAUUGGAGAGAAGGUACACCGUUGAAGCUGAUGGAUCCAAUUUUAUCCCAAAGUUCUUCAAGAAAUGAAGUGAUUAGGGUUAUACAUAUUGGAUUGUUAUGUGUGCAAGAUAAUAUCGAAGACAGACCCACCAUGUCUUCAGUUGUUUUGAUGCUCAGUAGCUACUCAAUCACUCUGGCAUCUCCUUCACAACCUGAGUUUUUUGCAGGAAGCAUACCAGGAUUGAGUACUAAGCUCAACCCUUUAGAACAUUCUAGGAACAGCUCAAAAUCAUAUUCUGCAGACGACAUUUCGGCUAGCAUCCCCAAGAUAACACUGGUCUAA